AAGACCGUCAUUGAGGCCGCAACUCUCACGGGAUUAGCCGCGGGCAUCGGCUGGACCGCAAAAAAGGUUUUGAAUGAGAAUUUCACUUCCGAUCCCAGCAGCAGCCCGAUGAAUUACGCUAAGUUCACCGCCGUCAUGGCGGAAAGCAUUGCGCUCAAAAAGUACCUCGAGGACCAGAAAAUCCUCCCCGACAGCGUUUGAAGAAAUACAAGUCUAUUAUAUUGCGCCAUGGCAAGUAUUGCAAGCAUCGACGUUCACGAGGCUGUUUCGAGAUCCGCGAGAGAAAACGAAAAGAACUACGACGAAGCACUCAAGAAGUUUCUUGAGCUUUUCGAGAAUACAGUUCUCAACCACGCUUGGAUCGAGGCAAACGUGAAUAAAAAAGAAGAUGCGGAGUUUUUGAAAGAUGGUCAAGUGCGAGCCGCCGAGGCGUAUCAAAACGCCGAAGAAAAAUUCAAGAACGAACCCGAAGACCUUCUCAACUGGAUUGCGAACAACUUGGUACUAUUCAAGGAAAACAGCAAUGAGUUGUGAUUUGAAAAAAGCUUCCGAUAAUAUAUAACCAUGGCGAGCAUCGCUAUCAUGAUUGACGGGGCUGUGUUGAACGCCACGGCUUUUAUCGGAGGCAAUUAUCUGGCAAGGGCGCUCGGCGGGGGCGACAAAGCUGCGCUUGAAGAAAAAAAGCGCCACGACAAAGCUCUCGAAGAUUAUCAAGCGGCUUACGCCAAAUACACGCGCGACCGAACACAACUUCUCGACUGGAUCGCGACCAAUGCCCAAGAAAAGGAGCAGGCCAAGCAGAACUUCACCAACACGGACUAUGCCUUCAAACUCUACAACCAGGCGCAUCCUGACGAACGAAUUGUACCCCCCCCAAGGAGCCCAAGUUCUCAGAUUUCUAUCAGCCAAGCGAGCAGCAAUAAAACGGUGAACUCAUAUUCGUAGGCGCCGGCGCUCUCGCUCUGGGCUACGCAGCCUUCCGGUUCCUUUAAACUUUUUUACGCCUUACUUAUAUGGACGCCAAACUCGCA